AUGAUUUUUGCCAUUGAUGAGAUUAACCAAAAUUCCAAUAUUCUUCCAAAUAUAACACUGGGAUUUAAAAUAUUUGACCCAUGCUAUUCAGCUUCUCGAGCACUUCAGGGAACUAUAUGGAUGUUAGGAAAAGUGAAGUCUGUCCCAAACUACAACUGUAAAUUUCAAGAAAGGUUAUCCGCAAUCAUUGGUGCAUUUCUUUCAACAUCCUCCCUUCCUGUGGCUAGACUUCUUGGGCUUUACCAUCACCCACAGAUCAGUCAUGCUUCAUCAAUUUCAUUGUUCAGCAAUAAGCUCAUGUUUCCAUCAUUUCUAAGGAAUGUUCCUAAUGACAACUUCCAAUCUACUGCUUUAGCCCAAUUACUGAUACAUUUUGGCUGGACCUGGGUAGGAAUUGUAGCUUCAGACAAUGACUUUGGUCAGCUGGGUAGUCAGAACCUAAAAAGAGAGAUAACUCAAACAGAGAGCUGUAUCGAAUUCCUUGAAGUAAUUCCAACUCAGAACUCCAGACCCAGUAUAUUAAAAAUAGCUGCAAUGCUCAAGAAAUCAACAGCAAAUGCUAUUAUUUUAUAUACUACUAUUGAAAACUUGAUGCCGUUAAUGGAAGAGGUCUUUGUACAUAAUAUCAGUGGGAAGGUCUGGAUAAGUAUCACCUCCUGGUCUGUUUCAUCAGACAUUUCCAAGAAGGAAUUUCUACAGUUAUUUGAAGGUAGCAUUGGGUUUGCUCUCCACAGCGGUGAAAUUCCUGGAUUUAAACAGUUCCUUUAUAGCAUCCACCCUUCAUUAUCACCUGAUGACAUUUUCAUUAAAACGUUCUGGGAGCAAGCUUUUGGUUGCAAAUGGCAAGAUAAUGAAACAAGUCAAACUUCAAAACUGAGUGAAGAAAAGAAGGGAAUACACUGUACAGGGGAAGAAAAAUUAGAAGACCUGGCUGUCUCUAUAUAUGAUGUAUACAAUUUCAGAUUUACAUUAAGUACUUACAAGUCAGUGUAUGCCACAGCUCAAGCACUGCAUGAUAUGUUCACUUGUAAGCCUGGGUCUGGACCAUUUUACAACAGAUCAUGUGCAAAUUAUUCUGAUAAUAUCCAGCCAUGGCAGCUGCUGCAUUACAUACGAAAUGUAUAUUUUAAAACUGAUGCAGGAGAAGAAGUGUUCUUUGAUAAAAAUGGGGACCCUCCAACACUCUAUGAUAUACUGAACUGGCAACUUUAUCCAAAUGGCAGUGGUAGAUAUGUUAAAGUAGGAUAUUUUGAUAACCUUGCUAAGGGUGGCAAGAAAAUCAUCAUCAACGACACAGCCAUCUUGUGGAGUAAAAGUCAUAAUCAGGUUCCACGAUCUGUAUGCAGUGAAAGCUGCCCCCCUGGAUACAGAAACGUAGUGCGACAGGGACAGCCUAACUGCUGCUUCUACUGUAGUCUUUGCUCUAAAGGGGAGAUUGCCAACCAGAGUGAUAUGGCAUUUUGCAUUAGAUGCCCUGAUGAUCAAUGGUCCAGUGACACUCGAGAAAGAUGCUUUCCCAAGACCAUAGAAUUCCUCACUUAUGAAGAAUCUUUAGGGGUUACUCUGACUUCAGCUGCCUUUGUCUGCACCUUCAUAACAGCCUGUAUACUCUGUAUCUUUUUCAGGUUUCGUGAGACUCCAAUCGUCAAAGCCAACAACCGCGAUCUUAGUUUCCUGCUCCUUGUAUCCCUAAUGUUGUGUACAAUGUUUUGCUUAAUGUUUAUUGGUCAGCCUACAAAGAUAAACUGCAUGUUACGACAGACUUCAUUUGGCAUUAUUUUUUCCACAAGUAUUUCCUGCAUCCUUGCUAAGACAAUCACAGUGGUCAUUGCCUUCAAUGCUACAAAGCCCAACAGCAAAUUAAAAAAGUGGGUUGGAUCAAAAUUACCCAAUUCAAUAGUAGCUUCUUGCUGCUUAAUUCAAGUUAUUAUGUUCGCAGUCUGGCUUACUGCAUUUCCACCAUUUCCUGAACAAGAUCUAAAAUCAAAAGAUGAGAACAUAGUAAUUCAGUGCAAUGAAGGUUCAAAUAUUGCCUUUUGGUGCAUGCUAGGAUAUAUGGGUUUUCUAGCUAGUAUUAGUUUUGUAGUUGCAUUCCUGGCAAGAAAGCUGCCUGACACUUUCAAUGAGGCUAAGUUCAUCACUUUCAGUAUGUUGGUCUGUAUUAGCGUUUGGAUGUCAUUUGUUCCUGCAUACCUUAGUACUAAAGGAAAAUAUAUGGUUGCAGUAGAAAUAUUUGCAAUAAUUUCAUCCACAUUUGGUCUGCUUGGUUGUAUAUUUUUUCCUAAAUGUUAUAUUAUCAUUACGAAGCCCCAUAUGAAUACUAGGGACUACUUAUUAGGAAGAAGAAUGUAA